GUGGUGAUCUGGCAACAGUGUAGAUCAGUGCCGUUUUAACGCGGUGGGCGUAGGCGAUUAGUCUCUCAACUGUGUGAUAGUUUUGUUUCCCAGCAAGCAUAAGUUAAUAUUUUGUAGUUAAAUAAACAAACGAAUUAAGGAGAGUUCACAUUUUCAAGUGAUGUGUGCCUGCUGAAAAAAAAUUUUCCCUGGAUUUUGUUAAAACUGAAUUUUACGAGUGGUUUAGUUUUGUAGUCUUGGUAAGAAAUACAGAUUUUUGUGGUCAGUGACUGAAAGAAAAACAUCUGGCAAAAUGAUGGCCGAUGGAAAACUCAUUGGUGACGGGUCAUGGGAGCUCCAUAUCCAUGUCACCGACCUGCAGGUGGAAAGGGUGUUGAGGGUCAAGAGUGACCUUCAUAUCGGAGGGGUCAUGCUGAGACUUGUCGAGGAACUAGACAUAGCUAUUGAUUGGUCAGAUCAUGCGCUAUGGUGGCCGAAAAAGAAUAUGUGGCUCACCCACACCCGUUCAACGCUGGACCAGUAUGGUGUUGGUGCUGCUGCCCAGCUUGAGUUCACCCCUAUGCACAAAACAUUGCGAGUACAACUGUCAGAUCUUCGAUACAUGGACUUCAGGGUGGACUUUUCUAUCAAAACCUUCAAUGCUGUUGUACAGCUCUGCAAACAGCUUGGUAUUCGGUAUCCAGAGGAGCUAUCAUUUUGUAAACCAAUCACUUCAGAAGACCUGAAAUACAAUUACUCAGAAAAACAAAUCAAGAAGAAGUCCAGCAGUACAAAGAAUGGCAUUCCUGCUGACACAAAUUCAUUCAUUGCAAACAAGAGCCAUAACUCCAGUAAUGGCUCUUUAGACAGAUCUGCAGCAUCACAUCAUUUGCAUUCUCCUAAUAAGACUCCCAUAAGUUCUCCGGGUGGGACAUGGCGUUUCAACAGCAAUGGUGUUGGCAGUCUCAACAGCACUAUGGAUAGUAUUGAUGGUGUAGAUGACAUAAACACAUCCUUAGCAAACUCUCCCUUACAUCCCUCAGAAGAAGCUCGCAACAAACUGGUGAGGCCGAAGUCUCUUCUGGAGAGAGCACGAAUGAAUGUCUCAUGGUUAGACUCUUCACUGUCCAUAAUGGAGCAAGGUGUGCGGGAAUUUGAUGUCUUAUUGUUACGGUUUAAGUUUUACUCCUUUUAUGACUUGAACCCAAAAUAUGAUGCUGCUCGUAUCAACCUUAUCUUUGAGCAAGCCAAGUGGGCUAUCAUGAAUGAAGAGAUUGAUUGCACAGAAGAAGAAAUGCUCAUGUUUGCUGCCUUGCAGUUGCAAGUGAACCUCCAGGUUAACCAGCCACAGCCUGACACAACCAGUGGGAACGAAGAUGAUAUUGACCGUGCUUUAAGUGAACUCCAGAUGACUUUAGAGGGAUCCCAUGUCUCUUCAACACCUGCAGAUAUUAUGCACAUACCAGAACUAGCAGAUUACUUAAAGUUUAUGAAGCCUCGUCGGUUCACACUUAAAAGUCUCAAACAGUAUUGGUUUACAUGUAAAGAUAUGUGUUUGCGGUAUUACAAAAGCAGUGAUAGCACUAAUGAAGAGCCUAUAGAGAAAAUCAAUUUGAGAGGAUGUGAAGUGACUCCUGAUGUCAAUAUCUCCCAGCAGCGAUAUGGUAUUAAGCUUGAAGUGCCUGCAUCAGAUGGUAUGACAGACUACCUCAUAAGAUGUUCUAGUGAGGAGCAGUAUGCAAGAUGGAUGGCUGCAAUGCGGUUGGCUUCCAAGGGCAAAUCUCUUGCAGAUUCCUCCUAUGACAGUGAGGUGAAAUCAAUUCUGGCUUUCCUUUCAAUGCAACAUCCAGCACCAGCUCCUGUUAUCAACCCAGAGAGCCUUGAUAUACAGCCAGAGCAUUACCUUGCACCUCGUUUUGUGCGACGUAUUAGAGGAAAGCCAGGCACUACUUGCAUCCCUGGACCUUCACCGGGGGGUUGGUGUGCUGGCUCUUUACCAGACUCUAUGGGUGUGCAACGUAUUCUAGAAGCUCAUGCAAAUGUCAAAGAUUUACCAUUGAUCGAUGCCAAGCUGCAAUAUAUCCGGGCAUGGCAAGCCUUGCCAGAGUAUGGCAUUGCACUCUUUCUUGUCAAGCAUAUGGGACAUAAGCGUGAGGAGUUGCUAGGUGUGGCUUUCAACAGGAUAAUGAGAAUGGAACCAGGAACAGGGGAUCAUAUCAAGACUUGGCGUUAUAAUACCAUGAAGGCUUGGAAUGUUAACUGGGAAACUCGACACAUGAUGAUUCAGUUUGAAGAAGAAAAUGUGGUAUUUUCAUGUCUUACUGCCGAUUGCAAAGUGGUGCACGAGUUCAUUGGAGGUUAUAUUUUCCUUUCCAUGCGGACAAAAGAUGCUAAUCAAAAUCUCAAUGACGAGUUGUUCCACAAAUUAACUGGUGGAUGGGUCUGAAGGAACAAAUAUAAAAUACAAUUUUAUUGAAUACUUUUCUCGAAAUUAAUAGUUUGCUGUGAGUGUGAUGCAUUCACAGAUGAUAAAUUUGUGAUGUAUGUUCAUGGCUUUAAAAGCUGCCAAAUUUGAUAGAAAUCUUAGUAAAGCUUAUCUUUUUAUGAGAUGUAUAGGUAUUGACCAAUAUAAUGAUAUAUACUGUAUAGUACAGGUAUUUGUUGCAAGCAUGUAGGUAUAGUUCUGAAGGAAUUGUCCUAUACUGUUAGUACUUGAGUUGGAUGAUUCCUUUACAGCUGCUAUUGUAACUGAUGGUUAGUCAGUACGCAAUGGUUAAAAUGGGCAAAUGGGAUAGUAUUUUAAAGCCCAGAUUUCAUAUUGCAAAUAUAGUAUUUAAAAUUUUGGGCUAUCAUUUUAAAGAUCUUCCAGUUGAUAUAAUAAAGAAAUUGAAAAUAUUUUCUAAAUGUUGUUUUGAUACAAAUGUAUUAGAGGUUUAUCCUUGUUGUUACACACAAUGAAGAGCAUUGUUUUGCCAUCUUGUAUUAACUACUGUUGGUAAUGAUUGAGAUUUAAAUAUUGUACGUUAUGAAACUUUAGCAUUGUUAAUGGAAUAUUUGUAAAGUUUAUGGCUGGCAAAGCCUCCAGAGUCAUUAUGAUACUAGGAAGUAAUGGCUGCAUAUAUUACGUAAUGCACUAAAUGAAAAUAUACUUGGUGAGACUCUUGCUGGAAAGGUAUCCAGUAAUAAGGAAUAAUAGUAAUUCUUUAUCUUGUGUUUUAUAAGAUUACUGCAUAAAUGUAAUGUAUUUUGCACAAUACUUAUGUAUUACAGCAUGUCAGAACAGAUUACUUUCAUUACCCACAGUUACGUACCGUCGGAGGUAAUAUGAAAGUUCAUAUUUUGGCAUAGUAAAUGAAUUUAUAGGUAUGUAGUAUAUCAUCAUUUCGAAGCAUAUCUUGUCAGAUUUUAUUCCUGCUUGCUUUAUAUGAUAUUUAACAUAGUAAUUCAGUAACAGUUGCAUGCUGUGUUUAGCAGACUGUAGAACAGUGUUACAUUUUAGCAACAGAUUUUAGACAAGUAUUUCUUAGAUUGCUGCUUUUUAAGGUUUAAGGGAGAAUCAAGGCAGUAAUUUAAUGUUUAUGUAGUUUGUUUAGCUGUGCUCAAAUUAAUAGACAAUCAAAAAGCAGAAUAGGGAUAGAUCAUCAUGUGCUUCGUUGAUUUUAUUUAAAAAUUUAUUUAUGGAUUUUUAAUUGUUGGUAAUUUUCACAAACUUUUAAUUGGUGCUUUUGGAUGCUUCAUAAGUAGCGUUAUUCAUCAAAGAACUGAAUUGAACUACUUCUGUAUCUAUGGAAAGGUUUGAUGAAACUAGUAUUAUCUUUUGGUAUUACAGCCCAAAAUUAAUUAUCACUGACUUAAUUAGUAAAAAUUUACUAAUUAGUAAAAAUUUACUAUUUAGAUGAAAAAAAUGCUAAAGCUAUCUUUGCCAUUUGUAGCCUUAUUAAUGGUGCCUAAUAUGCAUUUAUUGCCCUCAUGUAAUGUUAAUGUGGAUUUUUCAUUGAUGUAACCACUAUUAAGGGUUGUUUCAGUGUUCAUUUAAACUAAUGAUUAACAUAAUUGUUGUGUUGAUGUCAGACUCAGACUCCCUUCUUAUUUUUAAACUGUACUACUGGAAAUAAUGAAAGAUGUGCAUAAGUUAGAUUUACCCCAGUUAUGGUUUAACUACAUUGUUCAGUAAGGUUAGCCUUGUAGAAAUUAUUGUUGUCUGUGCAUUCUAAUGUGAUUAUUUUUUCAGAAUAAUUCACUCACAUUGAGGUCUUCAAGAAUUACACAUUUGGGAAUUUUUACAGUACCAGACAUUGUCAUUUAGAUUUUUUAGUGAUUGCACUGGUGCAUUAGCUUGUAAACAAUUUUACUUUGCCAUCUAUGAGCAGACAGUAUUAUUAUAUAAGUUUUAAAACAAAUGCAGUUUAUCCUUUCAGAUUUUUAAUUACCUAUGUAUUACAUAGCUUGCCAUGAGCAUUACUAUAUUUUUUACUCAAAGUAUUUCUUUGAUAUUGGAAGAGAUUGUGUAUUAAAAUUACAUUGUCAGAAAACUAAUUUCGUUGUAUUUGAUGUGCAACACAAAUUUCUCGAGAUAUUAAUAUUUGUACAGUAUUCUCAUUGGUGAUUCAUAGUAUGUGUUAUCAUCUUGAUAGUGUCUUCCAUAUUUUGCUCUCUACUUAGGUAAAAUGUAAAUUUUUUAGUCAUUUAUACACUAUACAUUAUAUUUUCUCCAAUUAGAAUGGCAGUAUAAGUCCUUUUUUGAUCAGGUUACCAGUUGUUGUAGCAUUCCAUUGAUGAUUCUUUGGGACAGUAAACUUAGCUUCUUGCACUUGCACAUUAUUUUCUUCAAAUUGACCCAGAGACUACGUAUAUGCCCUAUAUUGCGGUCAUAAUUGCAUAUUAUAUUUUCGAAAUCGAAACUAUAAACAUAGUAUUUUUAGCAAUGUAAGGUACACAUAUAAUCACUUACUGUACUUGAUAAUGUACUAAAUUUAUGAAAUGUUAACAGUCAUUUACAGUUCACAUUCUGUAAUUACUACAGUCUAGUGCUGAUAUAUUUUUUCAAUUCUUACAGGUAUCCAUUAUGUUGGGGAGUAUUAGUACAUGAAGCUUGCCUUUGUCAUUGAUGAAAUUUAUGUAUCUUGUCUUUUGUACUACAAUACUACCAUAUUUCAGUUCUUUUGAAUUUCCCCCAAACCCACCUGAGUAAUUAUUCCUUUGUAUAUAAAUAACUUUAUGCUUGACAGAUUGUAAAUAUACUUUUAAAUAAGUUUGCUCAGUUUGUGUCAGGUAUCUUCUAACUACCUUCCAUAACAGUUUUCUAAACUGUAGUAAUAUGGUAUAUCUAUGUAAAAGGAAAAUGUAAUGCUAAUUGAUUUAGAGAAUAUAUGUUAUACCUUUCAUU